AUGGUUGCUGAACUUGGACAAUAUGUUCAUGCAAUUGGGACGGAUUCCAACAAUUUGAUGGAACCGCAAAGUAUCGAAGCGAUUUACAUUGAACCUACAAAGGGACAAUGUACUGGGCACCGAGUGCUCAACCUCAAUACUAAGAAGAUGAUUUCCCAACCCAAGGUUGUCGUAUUACCUGUUACCGACCAAGUAAUCCAGUGUGUUGAAGCUUGGGCUGCUGCCGCCAAAGGUGUUACUUCCACAAAGUUUUUCGAUAAGAAGAGAGAUUUGGAGACAUUUCAAGAUGGCAAUCAAAUCGCAGGAGUGGAUGACACCAAACAAGUUUACUUGGAAGAAGCCUUUGAUCAGGACUAUGAACCUGAAGAUGAAGAUGAACAUGAUUUCAAUCUACAUGGACAAUUUGAUGAUAUCAAUGAAUGUAAAAUAUGUCGUGUAGCGAUAGACUUACUAGGAGGAUGA